UAGCUACUAGCAUAGCGUAGCAAUGCUUAUCCAUUAAAACGACAGGCCACAUAAUUAUUUCCUGAAAAAUGAGAAUGGAGUGGAAGCUGUGAUCUACGGCAUAGUGAGAAGAGCAAGGGCUAGGACAGUGAGGCUGUUGUAAGCCAAUUGCAGGACAGCUAAGAACAAAUGCUCUGAAAUUACACCUGUUAUAAAGUAGGCACGUAAUACAGUCACACACGGCUCUAUUAUUUUCUGUAGGGAAGCAAAAUGCACGCGCCUCGUUUUAAUUUCAAUAUCCUUCUGUUAACGCUGGAUGAUAGCUUAGCGUGUCAGCUUUGGAAAUGAUGGUGGACAGCCCUAAUUAAAGGGCAACGUGAAUCUUUUCUGCUACCGCAAGCAGAGACCUACACUGUGUGUCUGCCAGGACCUACUGCAAGGAAAUGGAAGGUACCUGAAAUCCACUGUGUGCAGCUGCCACACAUGAUGAUGAAAGACAUGAUGUCUUUCAGCAGAAAGCCUUCGGGUGAUCAAGAUUUGAAAACGGGCAGCUAUUACACUUGGAAAUGAGCAUCCCCAGGAAGGGUGAUGGUGCUUAAGGUUCGUUUUACUCAGCCGUGAAUGGCCGAAGCUGCCGGCUGGGACUGUGUGCUGCACCACGAACGCCCCUGAAUUCCUCCCACAGCUUCGUAAUUCUCGCUUACAUGAGUAGUGAGUGCCAGCUGUAAGCCAUGCGAAUGUUGGCUAAGUAGGUAUUGGCCAACUACGAAAUUCUCUUUUCCUGGCACGGUGUUGUUUUAAGGCUUGGCUUUUUUUUUUUUUUUCUUCUUCUUCUUCUUCUUUUUUUUUUUUUUUUCCAUGUUUUCCUUCUGCCACAAUUUCCUCUCCGUGCUCUUUACGGCUUACAACACCGACUGGCUUUUCCUUCUGCAGUCAGCAGAGGGAGAUACGUCCCCUUACGUAAAGCCACGACAAAUCAGGCCGGCGCUGUUGCGCGGAAUCGCUCUCAGCCCUUGCAAAGUCACAGGGCCCUCUGCAGCUCAAUCUGAGAGACCGAGGAGCCGUUGUAACGCCUUCAUCGGGUGCCACCUUUACACCGGUGGGGUAACUGUGGGCUUUCCCCACCCCGCAGUGCGGAUCUCGCCUGAUGAUGUCACAGUCCGGGGGGUGACAAAGGGGAGCAGCCUGGGGCCGCCUGGAGAAGCAGCGCUGUGUGCGCUAUGUGGGCCACACUGCUGUUCUUGGUGCUCCUCCUGCCUCCCACAGCGAUGAUCAGAAAGUUUAUUUUCCCUUUUGGUGUAGAUUUCCUCUCCACUGAGGGAGAUGAAGAGGAGAAGAUUUCUGAGGAAGCAAAGUCACUAGAAUCCAGAUUUGGACCCCAGUAUCAUAACACUGCCCUACAGAGCUACAGUGAGGAACAGCCUUUGAAUGAAUCCAGAUUUGGACCCCAGUAUCAUAACGUUGCCCUACAGAACUACAGCGAGGAGCAGCCUUUGAAUGUGUCGGUGAACGCUGAUUUGAUCCAAGGGAACACAGCUGAAGAAAUCAAAAAAGAAGAUAUUAAAGACAGUGCAAUUAUUGCUGUGUCAUCUACAGCUCUCGCCAUCUACCUAAUAUUUAUGCUUUCUUUAUGUGUGGUUCUUAGAAGACGCAGAAUACAAAACGGGAAUUCUUGGCAUACCUUUGGAUGCUCACGUGAACAGCAGAAAUCAGCAGAGGCUGGGACGAAUGCACAUGGCUCACAGAGGAGAUCCUCAGACUCAGAAACUGCACCUCUCAUUAACUCAAUUGAUGAGCUACUCACUGCGGUUGCAUCAAAUUCCAGUGAAACCUCCUUGGCUAAAGACUCAAAUUAAAAGUGAAACUGAAUGUAAUCUCAGUGCCAGCCACCAGCAAGCUUUGCGAGAUGGCUUCUGAGUAACUAUGAUUCUGGAAAAAGUGCUUGUGACUCACUGAGUGUGUAACUCAAUAUUUCCUGACUGUAUGGAAUAAACUUUAUGUUCUAAUAGGAGA